AUGGCAAACUACGACAUCAAAAUCAUUUCUGACACCGUCUGUCCCUUCUGCUACCUCGCUCGAGCCCGUCUCAGUCGUGCCAUUGCCCUCUUUAAGAAAACCGUCCCCAAUGCAUCCUCGUCCACAUUCACCAUCCGUUGGCACGCCUUCCAGCUGGACAAAACCAUCCCUCACGGCCAAUCCACCAACGUCCAGGACAUUGCCGUAACGCGCUUCGGCGCCGACCGUCUGGCUUCUAAGCGCGCGCGGAUGGCGCAGAUGGGUGAUCAGGAGGGCUUUGGCUUUACGUUUAGCGGAAGGAUUGGCAACACGAGGGACUCGCAUAGACUGUCGCAUUUGGGACGGGAGCUGGGUGGGUACGAGUUGGAAGACAAGGUGCAGAUGGCCAUGAUGAAGAUGUUUUUCGAGGAGGGCGGCGAUAUCACGAGCUAUGAGGAUUUGGUCGCUGCGGCGGAGAAGGCUGGUAUUGAGAGGGACGUGGCUAGGAGGUGGCUUGAAGACGGGUCUGGAGGCGAGGAUGUUGAUCGGGAAGUGGAGGAGAUGGAGAGGUUGGGGAUGAAGGGCGUGCCGAAGAUUUUGGUGGAUGGCAAGUUUGUGAUUGAGGGUGCGGAUGAUGUGACGGCCAUGUUUGAGCAGCUUUACAAGGCAAAGGAGGAGAAGGAGAAGGAUGAGACUUUAGUGUAG